UGAGUGUAAUUGAAAAGGUGCCACUUGGCGGCCAUGGCAGCUGUAGUAUUGGCGACUCCGGGUCAAGGCCCGGCGAAGUGGAGUACUAUGGGCAGCAUCGGGUAUAGGGCAAAGACAGCUUUAUAUCAGCGUAGCUGGUGAAUCGCUGCAACCCAUUGUUAAAGACUUGCAGGACUCCUUUCUCCAGUCUAGACUGGGAGGGGAGUGUGCUGGGGACCGGUGGGCUGGUCCCAGGCUUGCGGGAGUGGAUCAGCUGCGGGGCCAUCCGAGAAAGAAACGGGCUCUCAGACCACGCAGGAGAAGUUCGCUUGGGUUAUCCUUCUUUUCUCGCUGCUAUCCUAGACCUUGUGUGAGGUGGACCGUUGUACCACCCUCAUUCCGAAGAUUGAAGAAAUUGCUCUUUCGAACAAUUUCCACAUCUGUUAACCCACGAGAAUCCAGUGACUGGCGUCUAAGAACCUAAGGAGUGCUCAAAGUUUUCUCUGGUGCUAGUAUCAGCGAAAAGGGGUCGUUUCCACGUACAUUCAGAAGUGCCUCGUGAACACAUCUGGUGAGGAGGCCAGAGGAACUGGAAAGUCCAUUUAUUCUCGUGGAACCACUGCACGUUUAAAGAGCCUAAACACCUUUUGGAGCGGCUGGAUUUUAAAGUGUGGUGUUGGUGGGUGAAUAGAGAGGACAGAAUGGAUGAUUUCAUCUCCAUUAGUCUGCUUUCUCUGGCUAUGUUAGUGGGAUGUUACGUGGCUGGAAUCAUUCCCUUGGCUGUUAAUUUCUCGGAGGAGCGACUAAAGCUGGUGACUGUUUUGGGUGCUGGCCUGCUCUGUGGAACUGCACUGGCAGUCAUUGUGCCUGAAGGAGUACAUGCACUUUAUGAAGAUAUUCUGGAGGGAAAACACCACCAAGCCAGUGAAACACAGAAUGUGAUUGCAUCAGACAAAGCAGCAGAAAUAUCAGUUGUCCAUGAACAUGAGCACAGCCAUGACCACACACAGCUGCAUGCCUGCAUCAGUGUGUCCCUUGUACUGGGCUUUGUUUUCAUGUUGCUAGUGGACCAGAUUGGCAGCUCCCACAUGCAUUCUACUGACGAUCCAGAAACAGCAAGGUCUAACAGUUCCAAAAUCACUACCACACUGGGUCUGGUCGUCCAUGCUGCAGCUGAUGGUGUUGCUUUGGGAGCAGCAGCUUCUACUUCACAGACUAGUGUCCAGCUAAUUGUGUUUGUGGCAAUAAUGCUACAUAAGGCCCCAGCAGCUUUUGGGCUGGUUUCCUUCUUAAUGCAUGCUGGCCUGGAGCGGAAUCGAAUCAGAAAGCACUUGCUGGUCUUUGCGCUCGCAGCACCGGUUAUGUCCAUGGUGACAUACUUAGGACUAAGUAAGAGCAGUAAAGAAGCCCUUUCAGAAGUUAAUGCCACUGGAAUGGCCAUGCUUUUCUCUGCUGGGACAUUUAUUUAUGUUGCCACCGUACAUGUGCUCCCUGAGGUGGGCGGAAUGGGGCACAGCCACAAGCCUGACAGCGCUGGAGGGAGAGGCCUCAGCCGCCUGGAGGUGGCAGCCUUGGUUCUGGGCUGCCUCAUCCCACUAUUCCUGUCCAUAGGACACCAGCAUUAAACAUCUGGGCCCCAGCCUCAGCCCAUGGCCUUUUGCCACACAGUGAGAACAGCCGGCACCUGUCAGCCACUCACUUCCUCAGUCUCUGUCUCGCCUUGCCCAUCUCCACCUGUAUCCCUAGAGCCCGGAGGGAGGUGAGAGUCGAUCCUGGAGUGAUGGACAAGUGAAUAGCGUAGGAGCAGCGCAUUGUGACUAGGUAGAGGCUUGUGUUGUCGUUUAAAGGGCCCUUGACACAUUGAGUUUUGAUGUUUCUCUUAACCCUAUUCUCAGGGAAGAUGGAAUUUAGUUUUAAGGAAAAGUAGGAAGUUCAUACAAUGAAAUAGUCAUUAAAAACACACAGUGUUCUGUAAGUAAAGUAAAUCUCUUAGAGGCUCUGCCACUUUACCCCUUGAUUUUUGGCAUGGUUCUCACCGUGUGAGAUUGGUACUUUUACAUCAGUGCCACACACUUUAAUAGAAGGUCAUAGCACCCACUCAGAUGCUGAAGGUCAUUGCAGUUAAUUUGCAACUACAGCAAGGGAAAGAAGGGCUGGACACCUUGAAAACUGAAUUAUGCUCAAAGGAGUAUCUAUUGAAAGGGGACACCUAGAGAGACUUCCAUGCUUCCUUUGCAUGUGUCUAAAUACAGCCUGCCAUCCCGUCCUGGGGAUAGCAGUGGGACUAGCUUCAGAAGAGGUGGGUGCUCUUUUGGAGCAUUUCUUUCUAGUUUCCUUUGCAAAGUACUUGCCUCCAGCACAUUCUUACAGAGGAACCAAGUUCUAGUAGAUGUGGGCUGAGGCUUUCCUCCAGUAACUGCUGAUCACACUAUCUUUGGAAAUGAAGGGGAGGCUAAAUUUUAAGUCAAUUUGGGUAGUUACUGACAUUUUUGUAGUCACCUUAUUUAGAAGACUAUCAAAAAUCUUAAUUUUUUCUUCCAGUAUUUCUUUUAUCAGGUCAGCUGUCCCUGUGGUUAAGCACUUGUCCAGUGUGGGAGCAUUGUGCUUGCUCACGUAAACACCCACAGCAUGAAGGAAGUCUGGCUGUGUCAUAAGAGAGAAGUGUCUGCCCAGUAGCUUAAAGCUUCUCAAAAUCAUGUCUUAUGUAUUCCUCUUAGGUUAUCUCCUAGCUUUUCCCUUUGGCCUGUUGUACAAUUUGCUGCUCACUGUUGGUGGCACUAUUCAUACUUGCGUGAGAUGAAUGCUUAAUGAGAACAACCACUUUUUGAACUGUGAUGAUGAAGAUAAUAUUGUCUCUGUUCUAUUGCCUUCAAAGAAGUUACUUUUGUGUCAAAUGCAGCAUCCUUAAGUUCUCAAAAUAUCACCUCCUUGUGUGUGAAUUGACAUACUGUCUAAUAUUCUGAUAAUUUAAACAGUCAAGGCAGCAAAAGUAUUUAACAAACUAAGGUAAUUUUUCCAUGUUUGCCAAAACCCAUAUAAAUCCUGUUUUGUCAAUUAAGUGUAUAAUAUGUAUUCCUAAUUUAUUUUGAUUUUCUGUACCAUUUCAAAACAAAUUUUUUACAUUAAGAAGGAACCAAGACUAGUUUCUUCAGGGCAGUGGGUUUGUUUGUCAAAUGUGUUACAUAAUGCAUAAACCAGCAUGCCUGUGAUUUCUUUUUUUUCCCCCUAGAUUUGUCACUGUCAGCAGCUGUGGAAUUAAACUUGUGUGCCCUCUGCUGGUUGCAAUGAAGAACAUAGCAUAAAUAGUAUACAGUUUGAAUAGUAGCUGGCAACCAUUGCACAUGAUAACGUUAAAACUAAGGGAAGGCCCUGUAGGAAAAGUCUGAGCCACUCUCCUGAUUAGAAGGUAACAGCUGACCCAUAGAAGGUUUCAGGUGUCACCUUGUCCUUCAAAGUAUGGUUGCCUAGAUUCUCUCCAGAAACUUACUUUGUCAAAGAAAUAGAUUUUUUUUGUCUGAUUUGGUUUUGACAGAAGUAAUUUCUAUCCUAUUGUGUGUGCAGAAAUUUGUUGUGCUGGCCAAAGCCUCUUUCAGCAGUGCCUUGCCAUCACACUUAAAAGUUUGGCUAGAAUAUCUUGUUGAAAGGGCAUUGAACUCUGGAAAGGAUUGAACCAUCAGACUUCCAAAUUUGCCUUCCCCUCUGGACCUCAAUAUUUACCAGCUCUCAGAAGACUUGGGCUUUUUCUUAGUCUUAAAGCUGCAGCCUCAGGAAUUGCUUGUUCCUCCCCUGGUCAGCAGGCAAAAAUAGCCAUACAUCUCACAGGGCUCAAAUGCAUCUUCAGGCAGCAGGGAUCCAUGUAGCAGGGGCCUCUACCAAGGAAGAGUUUGCUCCACGGUGGGCAGAGUCUCAGGAGAGGCCAUCUCAGUGUUAGCCUGCGCACAUUUCGGUUGUUUUUCUCUUGUUUAAACUGCCUCCUUAGCUGUGGAUGCCUUAAUGCUGUAGCACAUUUGAGAACAUUAACAAUACUUACAUUGCUGCCAUGACUACUGGAAUUAUUGGCUACCAAAGAGAUGCAAUUGACGAUGAAAAGCGUGGUCCAUCCUUCUUCACAACCAAAGUCAACCUUUAUUGCAAUUUGAGUCCUUUUGCUUGAUAGGCAUAGACUUUCUUCAGAUUCGAAAUGCUCUCUGAAAUGCCAAAAUAAGUUGAUAAAUCCUACUGUCCUAUUUCCCCCCACUUGUUUUCCAGUUAGUUGCUUCUCGUUCUCAUAUCAGCAAGGCAGGGAUGUCCCAGGUUUCAUUCAGUUUUGCUAUGCAUCUUGUUGCCAGAUUUUGUCUGUCUGUUUGUCUGUCUUUCUUUCCUUUUUUUGCAUAGGUUCUGUACUGGAAUGUAAAGAGUUGAAAAUGGUACUACCUACAGAGGCUGUGUUCUCUUUCACUCUUUACAUCCUUAUUUCCUAGUUCAAAACAGCCCAGUCACCUUGCUCCAUAUUUUGAAUCAUUAGAGGAAAAAAAGGAACUGUUUUGUGGUGUCAUUUCUUAUAGAAAGGAGAAAAUAUAAUUAUGUUUUUUACCAGCCUACUUCUCAGUGUCACUGCCUGGUUUUUCUCUUUUUCAAGGAUUAGAACUAGGAGGACACACCGGCAUCGGAGUGUGUUAAGCCCCAGACACAGAUGGUAGCUAGGUACCAGGAACUGUAUGCCAACAGCACAAGUCCCAAAGAUUGUGCCUGCCUCUUGGGCCCAGAGCCCCUUGGGAGCCUGAGAAUCACAGCCACUUCUUCCCAAACUGCUGCAGUGCAAAGCAAGACCAUAGUUGUUCAAGAGAGGAACCUUCUUUGCAUCAGAAGUGUUUUGCUCAGAACAGAACUGCACAUCAUCCAUAGAGUGCAACUGGAGAUGCUAUGAAAUUAAAGCCGAUGAUGUAACCUCUCUGUACCUAAGACAUCUUAACUAUCUCAGGAGACCUGAAGGAGAUUUGUCUUUGUGGGAAAGGACUGGCCAACUAUUUAGGAAUCUCUUGAUAAACUCGCCUAACACAGCUGCUUAACACACAGAUACCAGCUUUGAUCUGCAUCAGGUGGUGUGUUCCCGCAAGCUGGGAGUCUUCAUGGGAUGGUAACUCUGCAGUUUCCCUGGUUUGGUGGCCUAAACAAAGUUUUAAAUGUCCCCUUUUUUGGAUCCUUUGUAUACAUGAAAUCAUUCCAUAGAUGGCUGCCUUAUAAUUUUGUCUCUUUCCAUUUUAAUUGUGAAUGGUUUAAAAGAAUUGCUGUUUUCUGAUUUGUUUUAUGAUAUUAAAUUUUUAUUAGUGCCUACCCUA